AUGGCACAUCUUCUACGCGGCAAACAAGCCGGCAUACACAGCGAUCUUUCCGCCGGCCUUGGACCUGAUCUCUUCGUACUCGACCAUUCCCUGAUAGCCGUCGGCACCAGCGAGAGCAAAUUCGGAAACGGUCAGAUUUACAUCUUCGGGCAGAACAGGGUUGAGGUAGUCCUACCACUGCCACGCCAGGCCUCAGUAAAGAUACUCCAGUUCUGCGCAGAGAAGCUGCUAUGCGUCGACUCGAAGAACGAUCUCUCCGUCUUUUCCUUGGAGACCAAAAAGCUCAUCAACGCGCACUCUCCACCAGCGAAGAUCACGGCACUGCAUAGCGACCCAACGCUCGACUAUGCGCUCCUCGGCACACAACAUGGUGAGGUCAUUGCAUAUGACCUCGACCGCGAGUGUCUCACACCAUUAAAGAUACCGAAUCUCUGGAAGGCGCAGUUUCCUCGAGCGCGGUUGACGUCAAUCGUGACGCUGGCACUACACCCACGCGACAUUGGAUCUCUCUUGAUUGGCUACAACUCCGGUGCAGUCAUAUACUCGUUCAAACAAAACAAAGCUCUGCAAUUCUUCAACUACGUACUUCCGAAGGGUGCCCCAGGUGGUGACUCGGACCCUGGUAUGAUCUCCAGAGAACGUGAACCGCCUCUGACACAGGCUGUCUGGCAUCCAACUGGUACCUUUGUCCUCACCGGCCAUGAGGAUAGUAGCAUUGUGAUAUGGGACGCCAAAGAUGGCAGGAUCGUGCAGGCCCGGACCUUGCAAGACACCAAUAUCAACAAGCCUGGACCUGGGAGCUUUAGUCCUGGAGCUGUAGAGGGGUCCUUCGCGCUCAAAUCACCCAUCUUCAAGAUUGCUUGGUGUGCGAAUCAGGAUCCAGACGAUACUGCAGUACUGAUCGCUGGCGGACAGCCAUCCAAUAUCAUCCCGAAGAGUCUGACCCUCUUCGAGAUGGGCCGGACGCCCAUGUACAACACAUCCUCGUGGCAGGUACUCUCAGAACACUUUGAGAACCCCAAGAGACAGCGUAUCCUACCUUGUCCACCUGGCUCUGAAGUGGUCGACUUGUUCUUGAUUCCUCGGUCGUCUCCACAUUUUGCUGGCUGUCAUGACCCACUAGCCAUUAUUGCGCUGCUUGCAUCUGGGGAGCUUCUUACACUCUCUUUUCCGAGCGGCAUGCCGAUUACCCCUACCAACCAACUGCAUCUCUCGAUGACUCUCGUUCAUCCAUAUACCAACUACUUGAAUCUUGCCCCUGUGGAGCGGACGAGGUGGCUUGGCAUGACUGAGAAGCGUUCACACGGCCCUAAACUCCUCCAAGGCGGUGCGGGCGCUGUGAGUCCGCUGAAGCGGUUUGAACACCGAAAUGUUGUUCAAACUGCCCAUGCAGACGGAACAGUCCGAUUGUGGGAUGCGGGUCACGCCGACGAACUCGAGAACGAUACACUAUUGCAAGUCGACGUAGCUCGGGCAGUCGGCCGCCAAGACGCUGCCAUCGCAAAGACAUCAUUCGCAGGCGCAGCUUCAGAAUUAUCUGUGGGCUUGAGAUCUGGUGAAGUCGUCGUCUUCAGGUGGAAUACCAACAAACAUCCCGGCCAAGAAUUCCCACCUGGCGAUAACACGCCCAAGGAACUCACCAACAUCACACACAGAGCCGAGGCGGCACUCAAGGAGGGUUUGUUGCCUUUCACGCUCUUAGACGAAGGUAACGGCCCAGUCACUGCGCUAAAACACUCAGACGUAGGUUUUGUGGUGGCCGGUUUCGAAGGAGGCAGUAUGGCCAUCAUCGACCUGCGAGGACCGGCGGUCAUAUACAGAGGUGCGAUCCGCGACUUUGUCAAACCCGACAAGCGCGGAAGCUUUCGACGGAGCUCGAACGAGCCGGUGACUAAAGCUGAAUGGCCGACGUGCAUCGAGAUUAGUGUGAUGACACUUGAAGGAGACGACUUCUCAAGCAUUGCAGUACAUGUUGGGACUAAUCUAGGUCAUCUUGCUACAUUCAAGCUCCUUCCAGAAUCCAGUGGGCAAUACACGGCGAAGUUUGCAGGAGUCUGUUCCCUGGAUGACAAGAUCGUCAGUAUCUGCCCCAUGUACGCCGAAACUGGACGGCCAGCAUACGCAACACAGUCGGCGGUUGCAAAUCUUCGCACCGGAUCAAAGAUCAAUGGUGUGCUUCUCGCAGUCACCGCUUCUGGGGCGAGACUAUUCAAACCAGCUACUCACAAGGGCGCGCACAAGAGCUUUGAUCAGUUCUUGUGCGAUUCUGCGGCUGUAGUCCGAUUUGAAGAAGUGAGCUACGCGCUACUGGGGCUUUACGGUGAUGGAUGUGCACGAGCAUACUCUUUACCCGCCUUGAAGGAAAUUGGUUCGGUCAAAGUCAGUGACUACCUAGACAUAAGACGCUUCUCCGAAGCUGUGAUUACGAGUACGGGAGAUAUUCUCGGGUGGAAAGGACCUGCGGAGAUGGCUUUGAUCAACGUGUUUGGUCGUGGUCUGCAACUCGACCGAACAAAGGACAUCCUCAUGAAUCCUGACAUGCUCAUCCCUCCUCGGCCAACUAUCAGCAACAUUCAAUGGAUCUCUGGCACGCAAUAUGUAACGCCAGCCGACAUGGAUCUCCUGACGAAUGAAGGCUGGAGCGCGUGGGCGACUCGCCAGUUCAACGAGCGUACGGAGGGAUUGAAUCAAGUGAGCGAAGGCAUGAAUAACUUGUCCAAUAACAGCGCCGGGUGGGCGGAUGAUGUGAAUAAGUUUGUGGGCAAGCAGAAGAGGGGAUUGGUUAUGGGGGCGAUGAAGAGUAAGUUUGGGUUUUAG